CUGCGCUGCUGCUCGCGUCACUUUGGUCGGAAAAGGCAGGCUUAAAAUGUAACGCCAGAAGAAAGUAGAAGCGAACUGAGGGGGAGAGGAAAAAGUUCGCAAGGAGAGGCAGGACUACUCUUGGGAGCCCUGCAGUCUCACUUUUAUGCCUCCAAAAUACUUUCCUUCCAGCUUCUUUGCAUCUAGCAAUAUUGUUUAGUAUUAUCACUAGAAUAAUCCGGCUUUGUAAAAACUGAAACGACCAUGGAGCUGCUUUGCCUCGAAAUGGACACCAUUUUAAGAGCUCGUCCUGAUCCGAAUAUUCUGUGUGAUGAUAGGGUAUUACAAAGCCUGUUGACCAUUGAAGAACGAUUUAUUCCCCAAUGUUCUUAUUUCAAGUGCGUUCAGAAAGAUAUUCAGCCAUUUAUGCGGAGGAUGGUUGCUACUUGGAUGCUGGAGGUUUGUGAAGAACAGAAGUGUGAGGAAGAGGUUUUUCCCUUGGCAAUGAACUACUUAGACAGAUUUUUAGCUGUGGUUCCAACCAGAAAGUGUGAUCUGCAGCUUCUUGGAGCAGUUUGCAUGUUCCUUGCAUCCAAAUUGAAAGAAACUCGUCCAUUAACUGCAGACAAACUCUGCAUCUACACUGAUAACUCCAUCAGACCACAGGAGCUGCUGGAGUGGGAGCUGGUGGUGUUGGGGAAGUUGAAGUGGAACCUGGCGGCUGUCACACCAAACGACUUCAUCGAACACAUCGUGAGGAAGCUGCCGUUGCCCAAGGACAAGCUGGCGCUGAUACGUAAACAUGUGCAGACCUUCAUCGCCCUCUGCGCCACAGACUUCAAUUUCACAAUGUACCCCCCAUCGAUGAUCGCCACGGGCAGUGUUGGAGCGGCUAUCUGUGGGCUUCAGCUGGACUCGGGUGACCAGUCUCAGUGGGGGGACAGUCUUACAGACCUGCUGGCCAAAAUCACAAACACAGAAGUGGACUGUCUGAAGGAGUGUCAGGAGCAGAUUGAAAGGGUCUUGGUGAGCAGCCUGCGCGAGGGGCGGCAGCAGCAACAGCAGCAUCAGCAGCAGGUCCAGCAUGGCCCCAGCAGUAAGACCAUGGACGAGCUGGAUCAGUCAAGCACCCCAACAGACGUUCGCGACAUCAACUUGUGAGCCUGCAAGAAGCAGUAGCGCAUCCGAAAUAAGCAACAAAUCAACAUAAAAAAAACAACAAAAAACAAACCACCCUUUGAAAAAAGGGCUUUUGUAGAGUUUUUGUAGAGAUUUUUUAUUUUAUAACACAGAAACAUGCGCCCAUGUAUUUUACGAAAUCAAAGCUAUUUUUAGAUAUAAAAUAGAUAUCCUUUAAAAGCUCUGACUUGAUACACGAAAGCUCAAUGGUGCCUCAGAUAUACAGAAGGGAAGCCAAUCAUAUUUUGAGUUCUGUUUUUGAUUGUUUAAUCACAAUAAAGUUAUAUUGAAUAAGAAACCAAUAGCUAAAUAAGGCUUUUUAAAAGGUAGUGGUGAGUCCAUUCAAGGCUUGCAUAUAAUGGGAUCACAUUUGGGGCAAGGUUUUUCUGUUUUGUUUUGGUACAUGUUGGUCUGCCUGAGAUAGGAGCCCCAUAUGGGCUACACUGACCGUGAAUGGCAGGGCUCAAUAUGACAUGGUUUGGCUGUGUGUUGGUGAUAAGGGUAGCACUUUGCAUGAAUUGCAGAGUAUUGUGCUAAGAAAGAGACAAGAAGGGUCCCAAAUCCAGGGAACAGCCAAGUAUAUAAUAGUGAAUUACAUUGUUAUUAUUAUUAUUAAGAAACAUGUUCGUGAAUGAAGAGUAAUAGACGUCAAUAAGCUCUUUUUGUCAGGCUGCUUGUUCGUAUGGGUGUGGGCAUGCAUCUCUGUGUGUGAGUGUUGGUGUGAUUGCCGUGUGUGUGUGCGCGCGCGUGUGUGUGUUGGAGCGUUAUGGCUUGGCACUUGAGUGGGAAGACUAGACUGGUGAUAAACUAUGGAACAGGCAGGAGACAGGGAUUAUUUGCAGGGCAUCUAUGUUAUAUCACUGCCUUCAGUUAAUAUGCGUUGUCGGCCAACAAAAAUCUGGGGAUCUGAGUCCACUUAGUGGGUGGAGGAACGGUGAAAGGGAUGGAGAGAGGGGUGGCUGUGCUCCUUCGUUUUGUCUAGAAGAGUCAGCCGUGGACCCUCUGUUUAGAAGUUUCAUUUUGAGGUGUUUGCUUUUCACUGCCAACAUACCAAUCAAAUAUUGCCAGAUAGCGUUUGUAUUUUCAUGUUAUUGUUUUGUUCUUUUGGAGUUAUGGAAGGAGCUUCAGGCUGCUUAGUGUCAGUAAGAAGGAGUGUGUGCCUCUCUAAGUGGUGCCCUAGUAUCUCAGACGAGAGGAGAGGAGGGAUCCCUGUGGUGGAUGGAAGGGGUUGGGGUUGAACAGGUGUAGAAAGGGUUUGUUGCGCUGCAGAAGCAAGCUGCUGUGUAGAGGGAGGAAAUGUAGGUGAGUUGCUGAAAGAUACAGCAGAGGAGCCUAAUGGCCUCAAAUUAUAUCUAUCAGAUUUCUGCGUUUUGGGCAGAUUGAGGCCACGGAUGACGAAUUAGGAUCAAUACCAGACUUUACGCUGCCAGCUCAUUAUUUGAGAAUUAACUUUAUUGGUUCAUUAGAGGACAGAGAAAUGUAUUGGAGCAGGGGAAGAUUUGUGAUCAUUGCAUCUGUAGUCCCUCAUAGUUGUUUCAACACGCCUAUGAUUUCAACAGCAAAGCACUUAGAAAACAUGCUCCCCAAGGGACAAAUGAAAUGGUUACGGUGUGGGAGUCUAUGGAUGUUUUCUGUUUUCUUGUGAUCUUUUUCUUUGAUUUAAUUUGUAGGGCUGGUUUCCCCACAUUGAGGCCUAACACCUUACGAUAUGAGGACAUUCCGAUCUAAAAACAUUCCGAAAAGUGCAAGAUGAAAGGGCCAUCUGACCAUUUCAUGUGUUUUAGCAAAUAAUUCAUGCCAAUUAAAAAAAUUCUAGAGACCUUUAUGAUUUCAGUUUUAUGAUUUUGUUUUAGAAGUUAUCACAUUAUGAAAUAUUUGUUAUACUUGAAUUUUCUAUUUGAUCUGCUUCACAGCAACAAAAAAAGUCACAUGGGUGAUGAACUAUAAUGAAAAUGUUACCAUAACAUCAGAUUUUUGCACAUGUUCUGAGGGCAAUUGAGGUUUUCUUUCAAACAAAUGGAGCUAGUCUAUAUUCAAGGCUACCUUAUUGAUAGUUUUGCUCGUAGAACCUGGCCUAUUGUCUAUGGGGAUACCCCUGUGUAGCUGUCUCUGUGUGAACCCCUCUCCUUCCGAGUGAUUGCUGCUUCAGUCACUUCAUUGGCAUGGGGUUCAAUCAGUUACCCAAAAGUCAGAAUUCAACAAAUUCACUUCCAAGACUGACAACAGGGUACAUCGCCAACACAAGACUGACAACAGGGUACAUCGCCAACACAAGGUAGCUUUCCUUUGACUCACACAAAAUUCUCAAUGCUACAUUUAAAGGGGGCUUUGGUGUGUGUGUGCGCAUGUGUGUGCUUGAGUGUUUAAAUGUGUGUACGUGAGUAUGUGUGUGGUAGGUAGGUAUGAGGGGAAGUUGAGGAUUCAGUGUUUUAGCAGGCUAAUGUUUUCAAGAAACAAAUCUUAUAAACCAGGCCAUCUUCAACCUCUCAACAAAACUAGCCCCUGUUCAUCAUUGCCAAGAAUGUCAGCCUUUUUUUGUUUUUUGCAAGCUCUAUUCUGAGCAAAGAUUAUGAUUUGUUUAGUUUUUGGACUGUUAGGUUUGAAUUUGUAAAUACACCUCCUUAAAGUUGUUUGUUUUAUUUUAUGGGGUGUCCAGACCUAAUGGAGUUUGUGGAGUGUUUGUAAGGGGUUAGAUACUGUAUUCCAAAGUGAAGAGAGAUGGAGGUGGUGUGAAGACAUCAUAAAGUGUCAAUAUUUGUAUUGAGUUAUUAUUAUUGUCUUUUUGCGCUGCUAAAAGCUAUGAUUUUGUUUCAUUCUUAUAUAUAAAAAAAAAAAUAACAUGACUUAGUUGUGAUGUCACUUGAGUGUGCUGCUAUUUUAUAAACAUUUGUAUUAUAAUAUAAUUAUUUUACCGCUUAAGAGAUACAUUCAGAAUACUGAAGUAGAUGGUAAUAGAAGAACAUGAAAUAAGUAUUCGACUGGAAAUGUUCUUUGUACAGGUUGCUUAGAUAGCAUGUUUUCUUUUCAUUUUGAUCUAUUUUGCUCUCCUUUCUCGGUCACAUUCUGCAAAUGCGGUAUCUCUAUACCUCAGGUUUACUGGACAAAAAAAAAUAAUAUCUCAAUACCUCACAACUCUACAGUUUUUAGGGAGCCUGGGAAGGGUAACAGUACAGUAGGAAGCACAGUAGUUUGUUUGUUGUGAAAUGUACUGACCGUGUUGGGUGGCAUACAUGCAAGGCUCCCACCUGGACUUAAACCCUAGUGGAUGGGACACAACAACCAGUCACCACUUCCUCGGUCAGUUUAAAGUGAUACCAUGUUCAUUGUGGUGCUAAAUGUGAGAUUCAUGUGACAUUCAUUGCAAAGACAAAUGUGAAAAUGUCUGAGUAUAUGGCUUGUACCAAUUACAUUGAAUGUCAAUAGAUUUUGGUUCCUAAGCUUAAUUUGAUGAGCUUAGUUGAUCUGGUAUGUGCCAGGUUCUAUUGUCUGGUAAACUUAUACAAAAUGGCUAAACCAAUCAAUCAAACACCUCACCACAUACUGUAUCUGACAUGAGGAAGUGUGUUUCAACAGUGUGGAUUUGUCUUUAGUUGUCCCCAUCCACUAUAAAUUACAUCAUGUACCUCAAAUGUCUGUUGCACAACCGCUGUUCAAUAAACUUCUGCUUUAAAGAGUGUGACACCAUAUCAGUCCAAUGUUAUUCUCACUUCUGUUUUCUUUUUGUAUGUCAUUAUGGUUAGUGGAGCAGAUUGUGAGAUGUGAUUGUGAACAUACAGUGAGGUGAACAUUAGAGGUUGCUGUAGUCAUGAAACCAAGAGGACUGGGGAGAUGUUAGUGGAGUGGAGCUGAGAUUGUGUGGCAGGCCGCAGUCUUGUUUUAAAAACAAAAGCUAAGAUGACGGACAUCAUGUUUACCCCCUGCUUGAACCAAAAUCUCCCAUUAAGAACGUAGACAGCUUAAAUCAAUUGGAUGGUAGACAAACAAAUGAGGUGAUUGUGGUUAUUUCUGUUGCUUCCCCUGUAUGACAUCCUUUUAAACACACUCUAAUCAGUCCAGUUUCAGGCAAGUAGGGGAUUGCUGUCUGAGUGUGUCCUCUUACUCUGGGACCCUAAGGCACUCUUAUACAGCUUGUGAUGCUGUUUUUUGGGGGGGCUGGAUCAUGUAGGCCUAGUAAGUGAAUAAGUUGGUUUCAAAGUUCUGUAUUGUCAACUUCUGUUUAUGAUUAAUCAGCUCUAUAUUGGUCUGUUUGAAAGGAUCAGUUAAAGUGUUGUUAAGGAUCAAGGCAUGCUGUAUGAUCAAUAAACUCACCAUGAAUGAAA